AUGGCAGAAGAGUCCACAACUAACGAUCCCGCCAAUCACAAUUGUAUGCUGUGUGAAGAUACCGACAGCGCUGAUGACAUGGUCCAAUGUGACGUAUGUGACUUCUGGGCACAUUUUCGCUGUGCUGGCGUUACUGAGAACGUGAAAACUGAACCUUGGAAUUGUACCAAAUGCAGUGUUCUACUACACGUUCCGAAGACUUCUAAAAAGGUGCCUACGAAAAAAGGACCUGCUAGGAAGAUAAUUUCUAAGAGUGACGGUGGCUCGGUGAUGAACGGAACUUCGAUGGAAAUGCCAUCUUUAGGAACACUGCUUAAUGUACAGGAUCAGAUAUCGAAUGAAAAGGAACUCUUGGAACAGAAGCGGUUAUUCGAAAAGUGCCUGCAAGAGCAGCAACAGUUUAUGGACAGGAAGCGCAUUUUACAGAAGGAAAUGUUACAGCAAAAAAUUGUGCAAGAAAAGCAGUUGCUAGAGCAACAACUUGUUGAUGAAAGAGAGUUUUUACAGAAGCAAAAAAAUCUCCGUGAACAAUUCCAGAGGUUGAGGACUGAAUUGAAUCAUCAGUACGAUGCUGUAGAUGGAACUAAAGAUCCGGUAGAGCCUGGACGAAAUACCCCAAAUAAGGAUAUACAAUCAUGGGUUGACCAGCUUCCAAGCGAUCCAAUAGUGACACAAUCGAAAAGGCCCACGUCUCGAGAUGCUGAAGGUAUACGAUCAACUAUCGGAAUUGAUUCGAAACAAAAUACUUCAACGAAUAAAUUAUCAGCUUCUAAAUCAUGUUCUUCGGUGAGUCUCAAAUCGUUACAAACUCUCAUUGGUGCCGACGACGAAAACGAGAAUAGCGAUAGCGAAAAUGCUGGGGAGCUAGAGCUGACGAAUGAAGAAAUAGCAAUAAUUCGUAAAAUAGUGCGUCGUAGUAAUCGAAACGGGUCGGGGUUCGAUCCGCAAGCAAUCAGAGGGCCUACCAAGGAGCAGUUAGCAGCAAGACAGGCAUGUUCCAGGCACUUACCAAUAUUUAAGGGAGAGCCGGAAGUCUGGCCACUCUUUAUAAGCUGCUACGAGUAUACGACUUCAGCAUGUGGUUUCACUAAUACGGACAAUUUGAAACGGCUUCAGGAUAGUCUGCAAGGACUCGCUAAAGAAGCGGUACAAAGCCGUUUGCUUCUGCCAGAGUCAGUGCCAGAAGUAAUUGAGGAUUUGAGGAAAUUGUUCGGGAGUCCAGAGAAGCUGCUUAAGAAUCUGGUAGCGAAAGUUCGUAAGACUCAGCCUCCGAGAUUGGACAGACUUGAAACGUUUUUGUACUUCGGAAUCACGGUUAAACAGCUCUGUGAUCAUCUUGAAGCGGCCAGCCUUCAUGAUCAUUUGAGCAACCCUAUGUUAGUGCAAGAAUUAGUCGGGAAACUUCCUCCUGAAUACAAAAUUGAUUGGGUGCGAUUUAAACGUAGUAGAACUGGUACUCCGUUGAGAGUUUUUACUGACUUCAUAAAUGACAUCGUGUCAGAGAUUUCCGAAGUAACGGAUUUUACGGGAAUUGAAUGCAAAGCCAACCAAGGCUUGGAGAGGACCAAGCAGAAACGGAAGGAAUAUGUCAACACUCAUCAUCAGCCAAAUGCAUCAUCGAUCGCAAAAAUUUCUUCUGGUGCAGCUAUUUUAAAAGGGAAAAGGCCAUGUCUAGUAUGCCGACGAAUGGAUCACAAAAUUCGUUUUUGUGACGAUUUCGCUAAACUUAGCAUUCAGGAUCGUUUGAAAAUUGUGGACAAACACAAAUUGUGUCACAUUUGCUUAAAUGAUCACGGAAAGACAAAAUGCACAUUCAAUAUACGAUGCAAUAUUGAAAACUGUAGGGAAGCACAUCACACGCUUCUUCACGGCGUUCAACAAACCGCUCGAGCCUUUCGCAUUGAGUGCAAUGCUCAUUUGAACGUUAGUCGCUCUGUAAUAUUUCGGAUUCUUCCAGUGACCCUUCACUUUGGUGAAAAAUUUGUUGAUAUUCUUGCGUUCCUCGAUGAAGGAGCGUCUGCUACCUUAAUCGAAAGCGUCGUAGCGGAUCAGUUAAAUGCCGAAGGCACUCCUGAACCAUUGGUUGUAGUAUGGACAGCGAAUAUGAAGCGUAACGAAAAUAAGUCGAAAAAGGUGAAUUUAUUUAUAUCUGCUGAAGGAUCAGAUAAAAAAUAUGAGCUUAAUAAUGUGCGUACUGUAAAAGAGUUAGUAUUACCUAAACAAUACGUUUGUUUCGAUGAGCUGGCUCGACGAUAUAAGCAUCUGAGUAGCAUCCCGAUUGUCAAUCAUACCGGUGAUUCUCCCAAAAUUCUUAUUGGACUAGAUAACAUACAUUUAUUUGCACCUUUAGAGUCUAGGAUUGGAGCUCCGGGUGAGCCAAUUGCCGUGCGUUCUCUUCUGGGAUGGACAAUGUACGGACCAGAACCAGGAAAGGUGAUAUCAGAAGCAUUCAUUAAUCAUCAUUUUAUACAAUCGGUUAGCAAUCAAGAACUGCACGAAUUGCUUAAAACACAGUAUACAUUGGAGGAAAUGUCAACAAGUACCGCUAUAACCCAGGAAUCGAAUGAAGAACGUCGUGCUCGACACAUAAUGGAGCAAACAACUAAACGAAUUGGCGAUUGUUUCCAGACUGGACUCCUGUGGCGAGCAACUCAAGCUGAACUAAAUGCUGUCGAUCGUUCAAAGAUAUGGUAUCUUCCAUUAAAUAUUGUCUUGAACCCCAAAAAGCCCAACAAGGUACGCCUAGUCUGGGAUGCAGCGGCCAGCGUGAAUGGUGUCUCCCUAAACUCUAACUUACUUAAAGGUCCUGAUUUGCUGACGUCCCUCCCAGCCGUUAUAAGCAAGUUUCGCGAAAGACGCAUUGCCUUCGGAGGGGAUAUACGCGAAAUGUACCAUCAAAUACGCAUUCGCGAGGAGGACAAACAGGCUCAGCGUUUUCUAUUUCGGUUUGAUUCGCACGACUCCCCGGAUGUGUACGUCAUGGACGUUGCAACAUUCGGCUCCACUUGUUCCCCUUCGUCGGCCCAGUUCAUUAAAAACCGUAACGCGAAUGAACAUAGACAUCUCUACCCGGAGGCCGCAGAUGCAAUAAUUAAUCGGCACUACGUCGACGACUAUUACGACAGUACAGAUAGCGUCGACCAAGCCACGCAACGUGCACAUGAAGUUCGCUUGAUUCACUCGAAAGGAGGUUUCGAAAUUCGAAACUGGGCGUCGAACUCGGAGGAGGUUUUGCAAAAGUUAGGAGAGCCCACACCGGAACGCGUGAUUCGUUUUCAUGAAGACAAAACGACGGAACAAGAACGAGUGCUCGGACUUAUUUGGAAUACUCAACAGGACGAAUUGGCUUUCUCUGUACCAGAACAAAAUACAUAUCUAGUAUCGUAUCGCCCAACGAAACGACAAGUUUUGAGCACAGUUAUGUCUCUUUUUGAUCCGCUAGGGUUACUCGCGCCUUUCACAAUAUUAGGGAAAAUAUUGAUCCAAGAUUUAUGGAGAUCAGGUUGUGAGUGGGACGCAUCAAUCGAUGAGGUGGUUUAUGGCAAAUGGAAACAGUGGUUAGAUAUGCUGCCGGAGAUAAGACGUGUCAGAAUUCCGCGUCCUUAUUUUGGGAAUAGCACGUCAGAACAGUUCAAAUCGCUGCAGCUACACAUAUUUUGUGAUGCUGGGGAAAACGCGUACGGCUGUGCAGGACUGUUACGGGUAGUCGUGGAUGGAUGUGUAAAAUGCUCGUUGGUCAUGGCACGCUCCAAGGUUGCACCAUUAAAGUUAUUAACUAUACCCCGUUUAGAACUGCAAGCUGCUGUUUUGGCCGCGAGAAUGAUGAACACGAUUCGAUCUAACCAUUCGUUGGAUGUCCAACAAGUUUUCAUGUGGACUGAUUCGAGGACAGUACUUUCUUGGAUCAAGUCAGAUCCACUUGUUCGUGCCGUUCACUUGGAGGUCGCUAACAGUUUAACUGCGCAAUCCUGUAUUAUGGCAGUUAGGCGCUUCAUUUGUCGACGGGGACCAGCAGCGGAAUAUUUUUCUGAUAACGGAACUAACCUUCGUGCCGCCGGCAAGGAAAUAACACAACAGAUUCAUACAAUAUCUACGAACUGUGCUGAGGAAUUUACAAAUGCUCGAACAAAGUGGCAUUAUAAUCCGCCGGCCGCUCCCCAUAUGGGAGGCGUGUGGGAGAGGAUGGUAAGGUCGGUUAAGAGUGUAAUGAGUGUGUUAGAUGAUGGACGCAGAUUGACUGAUGAAAUAUUGUCCACUACCCUUGCUGAAGCGGAGGAUAUGAUAAAUAGCCGGCCUCUCACGUAUUCGUAUAGAGACUCUCCAGUGGAAUCUCUCACUCCGAAUCACUUCAUUCGUGGUACCGCACCGAAUGAACCAGCAGAGUCGUUACUCCCCGUGAACCCUGGACAAGCCUUACGAGAUACGUAUAAACGCUCUCAACAGUUGGCUGAGGAAAUGUGGAAGAAGUGGAUUCGAGAAUACAUCCCUACCGUCAACCUCAGAACAAAAUGGUUCGAAGAUAUAAAACCGUUACAGAAAGGUGACUUAGUCUACGUUAUCGAUGGGGAUCAUCGCAAGUGCUGGAUACGAGGUGUGGUGGAGGAAGCGAUUGUGGCCAGUGACGGUAGAAUUCGCCAAGCAAUGGUUCGUACCAAUCGUGGUCUCUUCAAACGUGCGACUGCUAAAUUAGCAGUGAUGGAAAUUGACAACUGCAACAUUAGUGGUAACACUGUUCCUGUGAGCGAACGCAAUCUCGACGCCGGAACAGAAUUACGGGUCGGGGACUUGUUGAAGACGGCACCCUUGCCUAGUAACGCAGCUUCCUCACCGUAA